AACUCUUCAUUUCAUAUCGCCCAUGGCCCCGUGCGCGCCCGCGACGUAGGCCUAUUUUUCGCAACUUGGUCGUGGUGUUCAGGUUGGAAUCGCAAUUUCGAGCACUUAUCUGUACUCCAAAAUCCAUGCGAACUUAACACAUAAUUGUGUCAGUGUGUAUGUGACCAUCAAAACUAUCAGGAUUAUUACCAUGUUGGUGCACCGACACUGAAUAGGUCUCUGCAUGUGCCUCAAUCGGAAAAUUUGCGCAAGCACAGCCACAGCAGACGUGAAUUGAAUGAGGAAGAGAGAAGCCGAUAACUCGAACUUGAACCUGAUUUUUUGACAUGACCAUGUGAAAUCGGUAAAAUUGUGGAUUUCGAAGGAACGUUACAUUUAGCUCAGCCGCGACAUGGAUUCCAUAGGAUCUAAACUUUAUGCUGGCAAAAGGCGUCGUCGUCCUGCCAAACGGAAUACGAUCCCAGCCAACGGAACGGUGCGUACCAACCCUAGUAAGCGGCAUCGUGACCGUCUCAACACAGAGCUCGAUCGGUUGGCUAGCCUGUUGCCUUUCGACUCGGACACCGUCACCAAGCUCGACAAGCUCUCUAUCCUCAGGCUCAGUGUGAGCUAUCUGAGAAACAAGAGCUACUUCCAAGGUAGGUACAUUUUUACGUUAAUCCUGCUCGAGAAAUUUCAAUUUUUGUAUUAAAGUGACUACGUAACAUUGCCUAAGAUUCUGAAACAAAAUCCUGGAUUUAGCUCAUGCUGCAAUCGUA